CAUGUCUAUUCUAUACUUAGUUAAUGUUGGAAAUUAGAACGACUAAGAAUUGAGGAAUCAAGGAGAAUCUUUAACAUUUUAUGAAUUAGUAGAUGAUCGGGUCAUGGCGUAUGUUAAUGUUGCUGAAUGGAAAACUGAACAAGUGUGCGAAUGGUUGAAAGGUUUGGAUAAUUCUGUUCUUCCCUAUGUGCAUAGCUUUACUAAUCAUGGUGUUAAUGGACAACAGUUAUUAAGUUUGAGACCCGAAGACCUAGAACACCUUGGGGUAUUGAAACUUGGUCAUCAGGAAAUUAUUCUUGAAGCAGUAGAAUAUUUGAGAAAUUUCCAUUAUGAACUUGAUCGUGAAAAUCUGCAACUAUUGGCAUUGCGACUGUCUUGUCAAGCGCAUAGUUUACAAAAUGAGUUGUCUCAUCAGACAGAUUCGAAGCCUGUUACAACCCAAACAUUAUCUGAUGUAGCAUCAGUUAUAAUGGCUGUAAAACCAUUAGUAAGAUGGCUUGAUCGACCUCCCUUUAGUGGACAAUUAGAAUAUAAUGACAAAAAAGUUGAAUUAAUGAAGUUAGCUUUGGAAAUGGCCACAUGUGCACAAAGAGAUAGAUUUGCAGAAAAACCAAUAGAAGAAAUUAGAACAAUUUGUGGACAAUUAGCAAAAUUAGCAGAUUAUAUAAUACAAGAUAUUACUGAUCCUAUGAUAUUACAACCUGCUAGUUUAGAUUUGGCAACAUUAAAAAAGAAACCAGGAGAUGAUUUAGGAUUUUAUAUUUUACCAUCUUUUCAUGGAGCUCAUCAAAUUGCGGAGAUUAAAUUUGGAUCAGCUGCACAUCAGUGUGGUAAAAUGGAAGAAGGAGAUGAGAUUGUUCAAGUAAAUUAUCAGACUGUAGUUGGUUGGGAACGAAAAAAUCUUUUAGAAUUAUUUCGCGAAAGUCCAGCAGAAGUAUUAUUAACUUUGAAACGUAGACCAAGACAUACAAAAAUAUAUGGUCAAAUUUACAUAAAACCAUAUCGACUUCCAAGCAAUAAGAAAACAUCUUACACAACACGGUGGCAACACAAUCUUCCUUCCCCAAGGCCAGAAUUAUUAACUAUACCAGAUUUUACAAUGCCAUUACCAAGGCCAAAGAAUCCCAGUCCAGAACCUGCAAGCAUUCUAGAUACUGUUAAUAUGCUAGACACAAUGAUUAUAGAUAGUAGCGAUUCGGAUAGUGAAACAGAUCCACCUUUAUCUAUUCGAUUAUAUUCUACAAAACCAAGAAAUUCAGUUCAAAGACGAGCUACUAUAACUGGUGCUAGUCCAACUACCAAGCAUGGAAUUGAUAUAGAACAAUUUUGGAAAGAAUUGAAACAGGAACAUAGUACAACUUCUCAAUUGCGGGAUAAAGCAGCAUCUUGCGCUCAUGGUUUAGAUAAUGUACCAUCAAAUAUACGACCACAAACAUGUAUAUCUAUAGAACAAAACAAAAGAAAAAAAAGGAAUGAUGGACAAACUGAUGAUAAGAAAGUACAGUUUCAAGAUAAACCUAUAAUGAAACAUGAUGUUCCUCAAGUAGGUAAUACAAUCAGUGUAAUAAACGAGAAAAAAGAUGAAUGUAAAACUACCCAAAAUUGUGAGGAAUUGUGCAGUAAUAUAAAUACAAUCAGCCAAAUUUCUCAAACAUCUGUUAAUGUUACCAAUAACAAUAACUUGAGUGAUAUGAGUGUGCCUUUAGAUGAAUGCAACAAUUUUAUUAGGGAUAAACAUAGUAAUAGUAAGAGUAUGAUAAGCAGUAAGGAACUUAGUAUAUGUAACAGUAAAGAGCGAGGAAGAUUAGAUAAAAGUUACAGUACACCAGCGUACGAUUCAAUGGACGCUGACAGUAUAGAAGACAGAAGGCAAAAGUUGUUUCAUGCGUUAGAACCGUCUGCAAAUAAUGUAAGCAAUCUAUCCAGUAAGACUGAUGUUCAAUUGACUUUUACGAGUUCCGAAGAUCAACAAAAAUUAAGAGAUAUUGAUGAUCAAAAACAAAGUAUUCAAAUAAAUUUUGAUAAUAUUAUUAAAAAAAAUAAUGAUACUGAUAAAUAUGUUACACAAGAUAAUAAAAAAAAACAAUGUUCUGAAUCUGAACAUUUAGAUUCAUUUAAAACUUCUAUGUGUAAGGUAAUUGAUGCAAACCACAAAAUCAGUAUAGAAAAUAACCAAAGCAAUAAUGAAUAUAUUAGUAUUGAUGUACAUAAAUACGAAAAAAAGAACGUAACAAACAAUUUAAGUGUAGAAACGGAAAAUAUAUCAAAAAUAUGUAAUACUCAAAAUUUUACAAAUAAUUCAAGUUCCAAUCAUGAAACUAAUGAAGAUAAAUUAGAAUCAAUAAAUAGUUUUAUGCAAAACAGUGGAGAAAAUAAUUCAAACCUAAAUAAAUUUGAGAAGAUUCUUCAAACAUUUAAUGGACCAAACCACUGUGGUCCAACAGAACAUAAAAAAUUAACAGAAAAAAAAGCUAAUGUAUCAGUAAAAGAAAAUAUCCAAGCUCAAAAACAAGUAUGGACAAAUAGUGAUCUGAAUUUUACUGAAAGUAAUGUACAGAUAUAUAAUAAUAUUACUAAUAAUAUUACUCGAAACAUUCCUCAAAUUCAAAUUUGUCGAAAGGUACAGAAUGAUAAUACAAAAGCUGAAGAUUUAAUUAUUCAAGGAAAUGCAAUGCAAUCUUGCAAAUGUGUAGAAGUAACAAAAACUGACUCUAGUAAGAAGUUAGAAAAUAAACCUAAUCUAAUACCUCCAGAUCCACCUCCACGUAAAUAUUAUUCAAAGUUAACAAUGGAUUCAUCUAUAAGUAAUACUUCAAAGAUGUAUGAUGACCAAGAAAAGUGUUGUACGCCAGAAAAAAUUAAUACUAGAAAAGAUUUAAAGAGUUUAGAAUAUUAUACGGAAAAUCAUAUCAGAAGUACCUUGGAUUAUAAAGAUAAGCAGGAUUAUUUUGAUGUUUGUAAUAGUUUUACAGAAAAAUUAGAAUUUAUUGAUGAUAUGAAUACUCUAGAUAACGAACUUAGACCUAGUUUAAACUUGGAUUCUACAUAUUUAGAAUACAAUGAUAAGCAAAUAAAGGAAACUAAGUUUAUCUGUGAUAAGUAUGAACCUAUUGUUGAGAAGUCUGUAUACACUAAUUCAACAAUGGAAUACCAUGAUACUGAAUCUUAUUCUCAAAAUACGGACUCUCCGGAUGGUUCAUGCUCUUCAAAGCAAUUUCUAGAUCAUAAAUCUAAAGUGUCUGAAAAGGAAAAAAGUUUUGAGAAAGGUGUAGUUAAUAAAGCUAUGAUGGUGGCUAGAAGUAUUGGAUUGCAUGGAAGUUUAAGCAAAUCCUCCAGUAAUAGUCCCAGAACUAAUAGAAAACGAAGUAUAUUAUUUGCAAGAAAGCGGAAUAUCUCUGUUAAAGAUAUAGGCACAGGUGAUUUAGAAGGAUGGUUAACAUACCGCACAAGAGGUGCAGGUGGUGCUUGGGCAAAAGCUUGGUUUGUUUUAAAGUGCUCUUCUCUGUACAGGUUUAAAACUCAAAAUAGUAUAAAAGCCGACUGUCUCAUAGCUUUAACAGGAUUUACCGUAUCACGAGCUGCUGAAGUAAAAUCAAGAAAGUAUGCGUUCAAGGUUUAUCACACAGGAACGGUAUUUUAUUUUGCUGCAGACACUGAAGAUUUUCUUGCCUUAUGGGUAGAUGCAAUUAACAAAGCAACCUUAGGUGCGGAUGGCCACAGUAGGAAUAGUGCGCUUUUCAGCGAAACUGACGAGAGUGAUAGCGAACAAAAAAGUAAAACUAAAAAUGUUCAUACUUCGGAAUAUAAACCGAACUUUGAAAAAUCGUUUGGAUCAUUAAAAAAAGUUGUUCGUAAAGAUUCUCCCUCGUAUAAGGACCAUGAAAUUAGUGGUGCUAGUUUAGAUAGAAAAUAUCUAAAAUUCCUUGGUGCAAGAAACAAUGUACCUGUUCCAACUGCACAGUUUAGAAGUUACAGAAGAGUUCUUCCUACAUCUACGCCUAAUAAGAAACAAGAUUCUGUUCCAAAUUCGCCAGAUUUACAAAUGACGAUUGCAGGAAGUACAUUUUAUGGAUUAUGUGCAUCUCAUAGUGCUACUGAUAUGUCAACUAGCACUCAAGAUAUGGGUGAUUACAGGCGUACCACAGACAGGUGUCUCAGUAACAGAAAUAGAAGAGCAGAAGAUUUACAAGGUUUUAUUACGUUAGAAGAAUUCAUGUUGUUGCAACAAGAAGAUCAAAGACAAAUGACAAAAACUAGGCCUGUAUCACCACGGAUGACACCUUUAACUAGUGAUCACGUUCAUGUCCAACAUAGGAACUUUCAUGAUAAUGAGACUGUUAAUGAACAAUCCAAAUUUGUCAGUGAUGGAAUUUUCAAUAAUGAUGUUUACAUUCGAAAUAAAAAUAGUGAUGAAGUAGUAAAUAAUGCUGCUUCUGCAUAUGGUUAUUCUCGGAAUAUGGAUACCAUUCACGCAAUGCGACAGUAUAGCGAAGAUAUUGAUUCAGAAAGAAAUGAAUAUAGAGGAGAAUCAUCAAAACAUUCGGUUCAUAAAAAAUCGAACGAAUUUUAUUACGCUAAUAAAAAAAAAUUAUCAGAUGGCUCAAAUAUUCAACAGUUGAAGCCAUGCAAUUCAUUUCACUGUAAAACUAUCACAAAUGACCAAAAACCUUCUUUGUGUCAUAAUAAAUCAGAUAUUGUUGAUGGGUCUGGGAGACAAAUGAGCUUGAAUUGUGAAUAUAAUACUAAUAUUUAUACAAAUCAAGCACAAUCUUCAAGUAAUCAUGACAUUUCUAGAUCAUAUGAUUAUUAUUUGCCUAAAAAUGUUAAUAAUUUAUCAGAGGACAUGAAACUGGCACCAAGACUUACUCGAAAUGAUGGUGCCUCAGGAUCUACCAACGACCUUACGUUUCAUACUUUCUAUGAAACUUUACAACGUGCAAAGAAAGAUGCAUCCAUUAGUCGCAAAGGAAGUUUCAAUCUAACAAGUCGUCGUGAUCAUGUUUCUUCAGACAAGCAUUGGUUGGAUUCUUUGCGACGAGGUGAUAAAAAAGAUAUCAAUUGUGAUAAAACUCGUUUGAAAAACGUAGCACAGUACCACCCACCACCUAUACCAACUUCUCCAUUCGAACAAGAAGGUAUGACUGCUGCAUUUGAGAUGCAUUUAGAUAAAGGUGAACAAGUUCAAAAGACAAAUCGAUUGAAAAAUUUGUUCGGCAAUAAAUGUCAGCAGAAACCUUCUACACUUGAUUUGCCUAAAGAAACACAAAAAACUUUAUUGGGAUCACCGAGAUUACACAGAGCGUUAUUUAAAGAAAAAUGUUACAAUCAGUCACGAUUACCAAGUCGUUCGAGCAGUCAGAGUCCUGGCGAUAGUGGAAUCAGUCAAUCUCAUAGUUCCUUUAGUGGAAAUAGUCCUCAAACUCUCAGUCAGAGUUUUAGUUCGGUCAGUUCUGUUAGUGAUUGGAGUCCGGAUACACCAUCGCCGUGUACUCCAAAUUUAAUAUCGAAGGGUAUUGCAAAUCAGCCUUCCUGUCAGAAAGGUCAUGCAAGCAUAGGUAGAAACUCAUUGACCCCACCGACUUUGCCUUACAUACCACCACCUACAUCACCACCACCUGAUUAUCCUGGUCUUGAAUAUCCGCCAGUAUUUGAACCUGGUACUUAUUCUCUCUUGGAUGCUUCGUUACUACGUAAUCGUAACAAAAGCAAUCGAGAUACUCAUUAACCAAUGACACAACUUAGUUCGUUAAUCUACACAAUAAUAACCAAAGAUAAUGUGUUUCCUUAAUCAUUUAUCUAUAUAUAAUCAGGUAUUUUAUAUAAGGAAUUCAAAAACAUAAUAA